AUGGAAUCCAACACUAACCCAGAUCCUGCCGCGUUGGCUCUAGAAAUUCAGUCACUCGCAGCCACUGUGGAGGAACUUACCAGGCAGAACCAAGAGAUGAGGCAGCGGCUGCAACAGGAAGAUAACUGUACAGACGUCAACAGGGAUGACGAUGGAGAUAGUAACAAGAGACGAACCAACACCCCAGAAGAGGCGAGCUCAAAUCUCCUCAGGGAGAUGAGGAAAGAGAUGGACGAAUUGAGAAAAGCCAUCAAAAGGAAGAUGAACCAAAGCUUAGAAAGGAUAGUCAGGAAGACGGAUUCACCUUUCACUGUGGCGGUCCAAGAGACGACUCUGGGUCUUCAACAACCCCCUGACGAGAUUUUGUGCCGCUCCUUUCCCACUACCCUCAAAAGAGCAGCCAGGGAGUGGUUCAACAAUUUGCCAACGUCAUCCAUUGAUAACUUUGAGCAGCUAAGCAGUUCCUUUGUCCGUCAUUUUGUCGGCGGGCAAUGUCCAAAAAGGACUGCUGACCAUUUGCUCACCAUCAAACAAGGAGAGAAGGAACCAUUGAGGUCUUAUGUAACACGCUUCACCCGAGGAAUGCUGGAAGUAGACGAGGCGAAUGAUAAGGUACAGCUCACGACCUUCAAGGCAGGGUUGAAGUCCAGAGAUUUUGUGGCUUCCUUGGCCAAAAAUCCCCCCAAGACGAUGGCCGAGGCAUUAUUGAAAGCACAUAAGUAUAUGAACGUUGAAGAAACUCUAGCAGCCAUUGAUGGAGCAAAAAAAAGUAAGGAAAAGAAGAAGGAGAAGGAGGAUGAUCAGAGAGGACAAAAAAGAGAUCGAGCUGAUCGACAGAAUAACGAAGGAAACAGACGGAGGGGGGACAAAAACCCUCGUCCAGUGAAGUUCACACCGUUAGUGAUGCUUGUUGACCAGAUUCUGAUGGAAAUAAGAGACAAACCAUCUCUUAAAUGGCCAAGACCACUCCAUUCAUCGCCUAGUCUGCGCGACAAGAGGAAAUACUGUUGUUUUCACAAAGACCAUGGGCAUUACACAGAGGAUUGUAGAGAUUUGAAGAAGCAGAUUGAAGAACUUAUACGGAAAGGAAAACUGCAACAAUAUGUGAAAAUGGGAGAUUCCAACAAAUACAGCCAGAAAGGUUAG